AUGAAGAAAUUUGGAUUUGGCAAACGAAGUGAUGAUGGAGGGGAGGACAGCAGCAGAUCAGCUCUCUUUGGCUCACGAUCAAAGAAUAAAAGUCCCGCAGCACCGAAUAAUAACCCUUACGCCCAGCCUCCGCCUUCGACAGACCCUUACUCCCAGCCCGGAUCACGCCCUCAGGCCUAUGGCGGAAUGAGUCAACCAGGAAGUUACCAAAACAACCCAUCCAAGCAAGCGUACGGCGGGUCAGAGAAAGGAUACGGCUCCUCGAACGGCGGUUUUGCCCCAGGGAAGCAAGGAAAUCAAGGGAGCUAUGGGCAAGAUAGAUAUGGCGGGGGCCCUCCUUCGAAUUCAGGCGGUUACGGUGGUCUCGGAAGGGCUGAUCCCAACGACCCAAGCAUGAAAGAUGGUAACAGGGAUGCCCUCUUCGGAAACGCUCCCAGUCGAUACCAAGAACGACAGCCUAGCGGUGCGCCUCCUCCAUACCAAUCUAGCUCCUCCUAUGGCGGACAGCAACCCGGAGGAAACCCGGCGCCCGGUGGUCCCAGUGGCCCCAGUUAUGGCACAUACCAGGAUCGUCAACUCACUGCAGAGGAAGAGGAGGAGGAAGACGUCCAGGCUAUAAAACAAGACAUCCGCUUUAUGAAACAACAGGAUGUAUCUUCAACUCGAAAUGCACUUAGGCUAGCUGCUGAAGCCGAGGAGAGUGGACGAGCUACCCUUGCUCGCUUAGGUGCUCAGGGUGAACGAAUCCACAACACCGAGAAGAAUCUCGACUUGGCCGCUAACCAGAACCGAAUUGCCGAGGAAAAGGCCAGGGAAUUGAAGAAAGUAAACGGGAGCAUGUUUGCUAUGCACAUUUCAAACCCUUUCACUAGCGAGCAACGUCGUCGUGCUCGUGACCAAGCCAUUAUCGAUCGUCACCAGGAUGAGCGUCAGCAGCGUGAGGAGACCAGACUAGCUGCAUUCCGCACGGAGCAGCGAAUGGAUCAGACCUUUAAAGAGAUAUCGAGGAAAGGUGAAAACGGGCCAAAGAAGACCAAUCUUGCAGAGCGGUCAAAAUAUCAAUUUGAACAAGAUAGCGAGGAUGAUGAGAUGGAGAACGAGAUUGAAUCUAACUUGGAUGCCAUCCAUAGCGCUGCCACUCGGUUGAACGCGCUUGCUAAAGCUACUGGAAGGGAGAUCGACGAACAGGACCCACACAUCAAACGUAUCAUUGGAAAGAGCGACUUUGUGGACGAUCAAAUUCAUAUGAACAGAUCACGGCUGGACCGUAUUCGUUAG